UUCGAAAGGUAAAACUAGUUCAAAAACCAUUUUUGUUACAUAUGUACAUUGUUUCCUUCUUAACCUGCAAGUGAAGCACGUUUUGUUAAGCGAAAAUUUGAGAAAUGAAAUAUGUAAAUAGGUUGCCAUUAAAAUUUCCAAUUUUUGUGUGAUUUUUGUAAUCAUUCUAAAAUGGAUUUUGAAUCAAACGAUCGUCCCAUUAUUCCCCCACACCUGGCCGUUACGUUACCUGAAAUUGUACGUGAAAUAGUGUCCUUCAUUCCGAACCACGACCUCUGCAAGAAUGUCACACUAGUUUCCCGCGGAUGGGAAGAUGCCGCUCGGAAACUGCUCGUCUCUCGCGUCCGUGUUAACCUCACCCCGCAAAAUAUGGCGAGCUACCUUGAACUGACCAAGAUUCGUGGAAACCACAACAAACGUGUCUUCUUGUCCUAUUUCAAUUUCGAAAAUUUGUCCCCCGAGGAGUCCAAUCUGCUAGAAAAUUUCACCUCCACCGCGACCGCACCCAUUACCGAGUUACGCUUGGACUACUUCCCCUAUGGAGCUAUCCACCCCUUCGUCGUCUCACUAUUCUCACAUUGCCCCAAGUUAGAAUUUGUCUCCUUCGCCCCACGACCUUUUAAAAUUCCAACGAUCAAAAGUUCCCACCCAAAAGGGGUAAGUUUCCCAAAAGUUGAAAAAUUCGAGAUUUUCAUGACGCCUGACUAUUCCGAUUUCGACGAAUUUAUGAACUCAUUAAGUUUGACCGAUUUCCUCGAAAUCGUCUCAAUAUUCCCCAACCUGAAAACAUUGCGGUGUGGAACCCUUCCAGAAAACAUUGUAGAAUAUUUUCUAUCCGAUAAGGCGUCAACUAGUGAAAUUUCGGUGAGAUUGCGAAAUAUGGGUACACCCAUUUCGAUUCAAAAUCGAUCCCUUUUUCUGACCAGGGUAGAAUUUAAGGUCGGGUUGCUCAACAAUUCGGCAAAUUAUGCCGUAAUCCUUGCCAUUUUUGCCGACCAGCUGGAAAAAUUGAAACUUACCGCGGAAUACAACCUGCCGCGGAAAGUAUUUGAUAUGAAUAAUGCACAGGUACUCCUGACAAUUACGUUCCCAGAGGUGUUACCAAGACUGAAAUGUUUGGCAAUUGGGAUCCCUAAAAAUUCUAGGUUUGGUUCUCCCGGUAGGAGAAUGGUUCCCGGGCUUAAUUUAAAAUUUGGCGGGUAUUCGACACAAUUUCCCUCGUUGGAGAAAUUGGUUUUGUCCAAGGUGGGGGAAUGUGAGAUAAGGUACAGGUCACAAGAUGAUGAGUUGGGGGAGCAAGAAUGGUUUGAAGUCUGGGCGGGAUUUUUGUCCAAAUAUUUCCUAAAAGGGGAGUGUCUAACGGUGAGAGAUGUUCGGACUCCGUCACCUCCCGGGAAAAGGGUGGGGUUUAGAUUGUUCCAAAAAGUGGGAGGGGCUCGGAAUACUGAUAAUCUCGUUUGGGAGGUGGGAGACUAUUCCGAUUUUUAUGAAAGGAUUUCCACCACGUUUCCAAAUUUGAGGUGGGAAACGUUUGAGGGGGUGAAUUCUGAAAAGGGUGGCAGAAUGGGUGCGGAUCGGGUGCGAGUUGGGAUUACUGGAGAAGAAUGGGUUGAAGUUUAAUGAAUAGCGUUAACUACGAUUU